AUGCAGGAAAGAGCAGACAACGACGCCUCGCUGGGUGACUCCAGUCAAGUGGUCUGGUUCCUUCCUCUCGUUAUAUAUUCUUCAACCCCUCACGAUCCUCCGUCUGAUCGAGAAAUAUCAGACAAUGAAGAUGAUAUGCCAGUACGCAAGAAGGGCCGCACCUCCGGUCUCACCGCCGAGGAGAUGGAACAAGGUGGAGGGGUCAGUCUGAUCAGCUCUCGCUUGCAGUCUCAAUCCAGACUAUUCCCCAGUUUGGAACGAAUGAGAGCCGAAGUGGGAAGCAUUCCUGGAGAACGAACUGAAGAAAGUGAUGGAGGAAUUAGGGCAGCACGUGCGUUGAUUGACCCCAGGAUUUCACGAAGACAACGAGGCCGUCCUGAAGAAAGAGUUCAAGGACCGACUGUCGACAAAAUGGGAGCCUAUGCUGAGUGGUCUUCGCUCAGGAGCCGACAAGCAGGCCAAGGCCGAGUCCCUCCACCUCUUCUGAAAGUGCUCUCGGACAGGCAGCACAAACAACGGACCACAAAGUCUCCACCGACCUCCCCCAGGGACCACGCGGCAUUUGUUGAGUCCUGUCGUCAGUUGAAAGUGUUCAUAGAAGGCAAGCAAACUAUGGCAUUAUUUUUCUGCGGUGGUAUCAUCCUCUGCCGUGCCGGGAACGGAAACAACCAGCCCAACCUCUGCUCCAGUGAAUGUCUUUUGAUCAGCAAGCGACGAUUCAAUGGCGAACAAGUCGAUCCUGCCAGCCGCUGGAGUCACUCCAGGAUCCAGUAUGGAUGUAUACCAAUGUUUGAUUUCCAACUGUGGUCUAGCUAG